UGAUUGUUCUGACACAACAUGCCCAGAUAAGAUUGAUGAGCAGAUCAGCUGGUUUUCGAGGUUGUUCCUACAUUCGAUUUCAUGACCUUGUAAAAUUUCCAUGCGGAUAUUUCGAUCUCCAGUGUCAGGCUGAGCUGAGGUAAUUAUCUCCGAAACCAUGUCACUGACACUGUGUUCUCCAAAAAAACAUUUUCCCUUUAGAUUAGAAUUGUCUAAAUUGAUUCACAGUGUAUUCUGAUAAUUCGGAAAUGGUGGGAUUAGAAAUUCUCUGCCUGGGGAGCUGAUCAAUUAGAAUUUUUGGAGUUAAAAGGUUACUUCAAAGGCUAAGAGUAAGAAGGAAGUUGACAAAAGAGCCGAAAGAUGGCUUCAAACGAGGAAAAUGACGCACCAAAUGGCAUAAUAACAACAAACAACUCUGUAUCGGCUACAGAAAUGGCCGACAGUCCAGAAACUGCGACAGACGACCCCGAAACAUCAUCACAAAAAAGUGACGCUUCUGAUAGCGAGGCGAAGAGUGAAUGGGAUCCGAAUAUUCCCGUGCCACCCGACGGUGGUUGGGGUUGGGUUGUGGUAUUUGCAUCGUUCAUGAUCCAUGUAAUAGCAGACGGUAUUGUGUACUCUUUCGGGAUAUUCUACGUCGAGUUCUUGGAGUAUUUUGAGAGCGGGAAGGGUGACACUGCCUGGAUUGCGUCGUUGAUGGUUGGGAUCACGUUUGUCACAGGUCCAAUAGCAAGUGCCUUUGUAAAUCGUUUUGGAUGUCGCUUCACCACCAUGAUGGGUGCCGUCGUUGGAUCCUGUGGAUUCAUCCUUAGCAUUUUCGCCCCAAACAUCUAUGUUUUGUAUGUUACAUUUGGGUUAAUAGGAGGACUUGGCCUUGGCCUGAUCUACCUUCCUGCCAUCGUGAGUGUAGGACAGUACUUCGAAAAGAAACGUUCCUUUGCCACUGGCCUUGCUGUCUGCGGUUCGGGAGUUGGGACGUUCGUUUUUGCCCCUCUGUCACAAGUACUCCUCGAUCAUUACGGGUGGAAAGGUGCCACUAUGAUUCUGACCGGACUUCUCUUGAAUUGUGUACUUCUCGGUGCUCUGUUCCGCCCCCUAUAUUCAGAGAACGAGUUAAAGGAAAAGGCCAAGAAACGUAUGGAGCACCGACAGCGUGAGACAUUGGCGGCUGCCAAGCGUCACCGAGAAGAGCGCGCAGUAAAUGGUCAGGCUGGCCUUGGUACACCUCUUAUGCUAAAAGAGAAGAGACGUUUGUUGAAUGAAGAUUCUUUUAGUGGACAAAAAAUUGGUGCUAAUGACCCGCAGUAUUUCUGUUCUCUCCCCGUUAUCAACCCUGAGGGGGUUAAGAGUAGUCCACUUCUGACAGUUGAUACGCCAACUGAUAGCAAAAUCGUGACGUCCGACACUCACAUUGAUCAUCUUGUGAAACGACAACAGCAAAAGGAUUUGGCCGUCCACAAACAUUCGCACUAUCACCACAUGUCGACGGUAGUCACGCCGUAUUCGGCCUAUGCUGUCAAAAGUGAGGAAGACUUAGCAACAAUGGCGUUCAUGUCGAAUCAUGCUCUCCACGUCAUGUCAAUUUCAACGUUACAUGUUGGGCCAACGGAGGAUGACAAGUCAAAGUCCGGCUGCACUGCACUAUUGCAGGAUUUCAAAGUUGCCUUUAGACAAAUGACUGACCUCUCUCUGUUGAAAAACCCACUGUUUGUGAUGUUUGCAAUUUCAAACUUGUUCACGAGCAUCGGUUUCAACGCUCCAUAUAUCUAUCUUCCUGACCAAGCCCAUUUGUUAGGUAUCCCGGAACAGAAGGGAGCCUUCCUUAUAUCUGUGAUAGGGAUUGCAAACACUGUUGGACGGAUUCUGUUUGGGUUUUUAUCUGACCGUAUUGGGCAUUGGCGACUUCAUCUCUACAAUACUGCCCUCUUGUUGUGUGGAAUCUGCACUGCCUUGAGUCCGCUCUGCCUCAGCUAUCCUUGGCUGGCUGCUUAUGCUGCUUCCUAUGGACUGUUUGUUGGAACUUAUGUGACCCUGACAGCCAUUUUACUUGUUGAUCUCCUGGGUCUCGAACAUCUUGUCAACUCAUUCGGUCUGCUGCUGCUUUUCCAAGGUGCCGCAACUCUUAUAGGCCCACCCAUGUUGGGUUGGGUUUUCGACGGUACUGGGAGUUACGAAAUAUCAUUCAUCAUUGCCGGUGUCAUGAUAGCCGUCAGUGGUGCUAUGCUGUACACCGUUCCGUGCGUCCAAAAGCUCAUGGACAGGAGGAAGGCCAAAAAACUCCAGAUAAAAAACUCUGUGCAAAUUUGAUUUGAUGUAGCUGUGAAAUUCUGUCCGAAUUGAAUGAGGUGAAACCGAGAUCGAAAGAGUGAAUACUAUGGCGUUAUCUCUACAUCAGAGUCAGUAAGCAACGGGCCGAGUGGUGAAGGAGUUGGAAUACCAAGCUUGAUUGUUUUGCGUGUCAACUGCACUGUGCAGGCAAAAGUAAUUGAGGGCAUUUGUUCAGAAUGAGGUGGUUUGUUGUUACAAACAACCCAGUUAAUCAGCACUCCCCGCUAGGUGUUAGGUGACAUGACGUGUCCUGCUGCCAUCUCAUAUCCACAAACUUGACCAACAGUUGUUUUUCAUUGCGGAAUUAAAGCGCCAGAUUUUGACUGCUAGUCAUGGUUUUGCAUGAUUUAGUAAUUUCACGUGCCAGACUCAAGUUGCGGGAUCAGCAUUUCCACAUAGAGAGGAGGUAUUGAUUUGUGGAAGAGUGUUUGGAGAAUGGGUAGAAAGGUUCAGGUACUAUGUUAUACUACUUAAAAGUCAUAAGUUUGUUUGUUAUGUAUACUUAUUAUUUGAAAAUUGUGCAUUGUGUAUAGUCAAUAGUGAAGUUCCUAAAGUGCAUGGGACCCAUAUAAUGAAUGGCAGUUUAAUAAUGCAAUUGCUAGUCGAAUGGAAAAAGUCAAUUUUGUUUUUACGAUAAAAAAAAAUAUAUAUUGAUAAGGCAGGGUAAUUUUGACAUUACUUUUCAAGUAUGGUACUUUCUCCCUUGGUGAGUGGAAUGGAAUCGUCCAUUUGUGAGAAUUUUGUUAGUAAUGGAUCGCGCCAUUAUAUGAUUCAGGGGUAGAUGCCACAGGUAUUUGCUUAUAAAUUUAGAUUAUACCCUAGAGUAGUCAAUUUUAGUCAUAAAACACUCGAAGUCAAUUUGAGAUAGCGUUUUUUCUUACAAUCUUAAUAAUUGUGCAAUAUUACCAAAUAAUGCACCUUCAAAUACUCCCGAGUCAAGUUUGUUUUUGGUGCACCCUGUAAUCUUUCUAAGGAUGAAAAAGCACACCAAUUAGUCAGAUGUAGUCAUUUUUCAAACAAUCUUGAUUCAUAAGGAAAAGUCACAGAAACUUUUUUUGUAAUUCCUCACAAAAAUCAAGGGCCAUUGUUAGGUGUCAGUGAUUUUACUGCCCAGGUUCAGAUCAGGAUAGUGUUCAUCUUAUUUUGGGAACGAGUUUACAAUCCCCGAUCACACCCCAAAAAAAGGUCAUCGGUUGACUAACGAAGCACCACUGUUCAAUGGAUUUAUAGUUGAAUGCGAUCAAACUACGUCAUUUCCGAUCGGGGAUUGUAAAUUUUAGCCUUAUUUUGUGAUGAGACUUGUGCAUUGAGGGCACUGCAGGGACCAAUAACACUUAGAAUAAACCAGGUUAUUUGCAGCUUGGUUUCUCUUGAAGCUUCAAUGCGUUGGAUCCUAAACAAAGAUAUGCUUCACAAAUGUAAGGAAAGUGUUGAGUGAGAAACCUUUAGUAGACAUUUUCAGUUGAUGUGCUGGUUUUUGGCAAGCAUUUAGUAAUAAUUGGACGCAUAGUUUCAAUGUUUUUCAUAUUGAAGUCUGUUUAUAUUGAUUAUAGAAUUUUAUGUAGAAUUUAUUUUACUCAAUGUUCUAAAUAUAGUAUGCAUUUUAGUUCCAUAGCUUCUGUCUCGAGUGAUUCAUGUUGUUUCUGGCCAGGGUUAUUCUUUAGAAAGCAAUGGUAAAGUUGGUAUUUUCUGUGGAAAAUUGCGGGUAAAGUUUGUCUUGUCUGAGGAAAAUUGCGGGUAAGGUUGGUCAUUUCUGUGGAAAGGUGUUGGUCCUUUCAACAGAAAUGACGAAAUUACUAACUUUAUCAUUUCUAUAGAAAGAAAGGAAUAUCUUACAAAAAGGUCUAGAAUAAUGCACAUUUAUUAUAGCUUGCAAAAAUAUUCUAACUUUGUAUAUACUCCAGACGAAUAGGUUUGCCCCUGGCUGGCACCAAAGAUCUAUGAUUUUAUGACUAGUCAGUUACCUUUCGUAAGACUAGUGCAUUCUCGUUUUAUCAAUAUGUUGCUUGUGAUUACUGUAAUGAUUCUGUAAAAUUGAUGUAUUGUCUUGAAUUGAUGAAUUUCUGUGAAAUUCAGAUUAUAUGAUAUGAGCAAGUAAAUAUGAUUGUAUGUAACACUUUUGUAUAACCUCAUCAUUGAAAACAUGGCACCCAUGCUUGUCUUGCUAUGUUGCCGAUACCAGUAGUUUAUUUCAUGUCAAGUCUACAAGACUUUGCUUCAAUCGGUGUACGUACGCUCUCCUGUGUAAAUGAACAGAGAUUUUUACAAACUUGUCUUGAAAUGGACUUUCAAUUACUCAUAAACUAAUAGUAUACUCUAUAUUGUAGUCAUUCUCUGUACUUGAUUUCGGAUCUUAUUAGCUUUGCUGGUUGAGACUUCCAAUGCUGAUGAAAUCAAGGUCAGCCAAUAAAACUUGUCUUAUUAAACCAAACUUUCUGA